UAUUACGUGUUAUUUGCGGGAUUAUUGUGAUUCUCGGAAUUACAUGAUGGAUAAAGAAAUGGAGGAACUAGAAUCUGUAUUGUCGGACCAUUUUGGUCGGACACCGGUCAACUCACAGGAAGUGCUGUGUGAUGAAACGCCCUUAGUUGAUCCUGAAGAGCCCGAAGUAUUAAUUGCUACUCGGGUCCGGGAUUACCUGGUCCGCAACGAAGGUGCAGAACAUAACGAAAGCGACCAAGGUGAGGAUGUACAAGAAACCGGCGACGCUCACGAUGACGCAUUUCGUAACGUGCGUAAGUUUCUGUCGGACGGAUGCGGCUGUAAACAUCAGUGUGAUAAACGUUUUAAUUUUGAUACUGUUGUUAACCAUUUGUUAGAUAUAAGGGCGCUGGCCAAAGAGGAGAAGGAACUUAACGUUAUGACCUUGUUGAAAGAUGUUGAUGGGGAAACAACUAAAAGAGGGAAGCAACGGAAGCGAGCCAGGGUUGAGUUUAGGGUAGCGGGGAGUGCCGUAUGUAAAAAAACAUUUAUGCUGUUCUUUGACAUCGGUAAGCACCAGCUUUUAUCAUUACAGCAGCAUGUCAGAGAACAUGGUUUGACGCCUAGAGUUCAUGGCAACCGUGGAAGAAAGCCAAAGCAUGCUGUUUGUUACGAUGAUGUCAUGCGCGUUGUGCACUUCAUACGUAAUUAUGCGGAUGAACGGGGUCUACCACAACCAGCCGCCCCGAGAGGUGUAGACAACGUUCCGACUGUAUACUUAACAUCUGACACAACAAAGACCAACCUGCAUCAACAGUACCAGACAUCAUGCACGGAAGCUGGUUCCAGGGUCAUAGAAAUAACGGUCUUCAAGGAAAUAUGGCGCAUGUGCUUACCGCACAUCCGGAUCGCUGGUCCACGUGAUGACGUUUGUGCCAAGUGCGAAACACUCAGGAGAGGUGUCAUGGAUGCUGUGACGGAAGAAGAGAAAUUGACAGCUACAGACUCGUUCAGGAAUCACAUUCUUUUAGCACAAAAGGAAAGAGAUGUAUACAACGAUUGCAUCAGGAAAAGUAAGGAGGCAAAUGAAGGUCCAGACAGAUAUGUCCAUUUCACGUUCGAUUUUAGCCAGAAUGUGAGUCUACCUCACUAUUCCCGCCAGAUAGGACCGCUAUAUUUCCUCACUCUAAGGAAGGUUCAGAUCUUUGGCGUUCGAGUGGACAGUAUUCCCCGCCAGUUGAACUUCCUGAUUGACGAGGACCAAACGAUUGGCAAGGACGGAAAGACCUCACAUGGCCCGGACGCUGUCCUUUCUAUGCUUGAUUGGGCCCUGCAGAAUUACGAGUCUGAUGCUUACACUUGUUCCGUUCAUGCAGACAAUUGCCCCGGGCAGAACAAAAACCGGUACGUUCUUGGUUAUUUCAUGUGGCGAGUGAUGACCGGCCCACAUCGCUUGAUUGAGUAUCACAUGCAAGUUCCUGGGCAUGCAAGGUGCUUGGUGGAUUCCGGAUUUGCGCAUAUAAAAAACCGAUACCGGAACCACGACUGUGAGACUCUCGAACAACUAACGGCGCUUGUUGACCAGUCGUCUGUUACCAACACGGCAGUCUCGUACCCGACCUGGACAUGGCGGCAAUGGAAGCCUUUCCUGGAAUUGUACUUCAAACCUGUUACAGGAAUAAUGCAGUACCAGUACUUUAGAUUUGACCAAAGAAAGCCGGGUAUUGUGACUGCAAAAAUCCAACACGACGGAGAAGAGAAGGAAUUGCAGAUCCUGAAAACCCCGACAUUUCGGUUCCAGAAUGUGGAGCGUCCACACCCAGUUCCAUCUGCUGGAUUGAGUGCAGACCGCCGGCAAUACUUGCGCCGAUCCGUAAGCCGAUAUGUCCGACCAGCGUCGAAGGAAUAUUUCUUUGGAAAUUGACACUUGUGACGACGUGCAUAUUGUUAAUGUAUUCAAUAAACAUCACUCAACUGUACGUGCCAGAAACAUAUAUGACUUACUGUCCUGAAUAGUGUGUACUAUUAUGAUACAAAUGCCAUUUCAUUGUUUUCAAUUAUCUCUGUAUCUG